AUGGGCCCCUACCCGCGCACGAGCAGGGGAAAACAAUAUUUACUGGUCGCCACGGAUAUGUUUAGUAGAUGGACCGAGGCAUAUAAACUCGGAACAGCCACUACAAAGACGAUAACCGAAACACUCGAACGAGAAUUCUUUUCGCGGUUCGGAUACCCCCAUGUGUGCCUAAGCGACAACGGCCCCCAAUUUGUAGCGAACGAUAUGCGCAGCGCAAUCGAACGGUGGGGAGCUGAGGACUGGACAACCCCGAUAUACCAUCCGAGGGCCAACCCCGUCGAACGGCUAAAAAAGGUUUGCGCGCACUACUCGCCGGCGGCAACCACAACACGUGGGACGCCAAAAUACCCCCCAUAUUAUUUUCGAUUAGGAACCGACGUAACGACCAGACAGGAUUCCCCACCUCGGUACUCGUCCUAG